AUGGCAUCCCCAAUCAAGCCCUUCAAGAUCGAGGUUCCCGACUCCAAGAUCCAGGAGCUGCACGCCAAGCUCGACAUCGCCACGUUCCCGCCACAGUUCGCCCUCACCGAGAGCUGGGACUACGGCACCCCCGUCUCCGAGGUCAAGAGGCUCGCCGAGCGCUGGCGCAACGGCUUCGACUGGCGCGCCGCCGAGGCCCGGCUGAACGAGCUGCCCCAGUUCACGACGACCGUCGCCGUUGACGGCUUCGGCGACCUCGACAUCCACUUCCUGCACCAGAAGAGCAAGCACCCCGGGGCCGUCCCCUUGAUCUUCGUCCAUGGCUGGCCUGGCAGCUUUCUGGAGGUCCUCAAGAUCUUGCCCCUGUUGACGACAGAGAAGAACGGGCUCUCGUUUGAUGUUGUCGCGCCUUCGCUUCCCAACUUUGGCUUCUCGGAUGGUCCGGUGAAGCCAGGUUUCCGCAUGCCACAGUACGCUGAGGUCAUGCACAAGAUCAUGUUGAAGCUCGGCUAUAACCAAUACGUGACACAAGGAGGUGACUGGGGCUUCGGCAUCACCCGGUUCAUGGGUCUCCAGUACCCCGACCACGUCCUGGCCUCGCACAUCAACAUGGUCUCGGCCUUCCCGCCGUCCCCGCUCAAGAACCCGUGGCAGUACAUCAAGAGCCUGUUCCCGUACACGGAGAAGGAGAGGAAGGGCAUCGAGCGCAGCCAGUGGUUCGCCAAGGAGGGCUACGGCUACAACAUCGAGCAGAGCACCAGGCCCUCGACGCUGGGCCUCGCGUGGGCCGACUCCCCCGUCGCGCUGCUCUCGUGGAUCCUGGAGAAGCUGCACGACUGGACCGACGGCUACCCGUGGACCGACGACGAGACCCUCACGUGGAUCUCCGUCUACCAGUUCUCCCGGGCCGGGCCCGAGGCCAGCGCGCGCAUCUACUACGAGGUGGCGCACCCGAAGCGGCCGACGGAGCACAUCACCUGGGUGCCGCGCGUCAAGCUGGGCCUGUCCAUCUUCCCCAUGGAUCUAUCCGUACCGCCGCUGAGCCACGCCAAGACGCUAGGCCCCGUCGUCUUCGCCGUCACGCACGGCGACGGGGGCCACUUUGCCGCGCACGAGAGGCCGGAAGUCCUCGUCAAGGAUCUGAGGGACAUGUUCAGCAAGGGCGGCGGCGCGCACGACGUGGCCGUGAAGCUGUCGAAGCAGAGCAUCUCGGCCAAGCUGUGA